AGAAAAAAAAUGCCGACCAAUCAAUGUGUGAACCAUGUCCAACGCCGCCCGAAUAAAGCUCGGAGCCAGCAGAGACAAACUUCAGCUCCAACUCACACACACUCCGUUUCGCUCUUUCUCUCUCUCUCUCUCUAAUCGCGCACACACAAACCAAACUCCGUAAACCAAGCAAACAAGCUUCAAUGGAGUAACCCAAAAAAAAAAAAAAAAAAAAAAAAAAAAAAUCCCACCAAACAAAACCCCUUCGUGAUCAUCGCCGAUUUCUCUUCGCUUUCGUUGUUUGCAAAUGGCUUCGAUCUCAGGCAUUUGCUCGUCUUCCCCAUCUCUCAAACCCCGAAAACCCUUCCUCAGAACCACCACUUCAACUUCUUCACUUAGCUGCAAAGACUCAGUUUCGUUCCCUACUCGGCGUAUCUCCGAUCGGAGUUUAAGUAUCGGUAGUCCGGCUCAUUCGGUGGCGCGGGAGAUCUCAGCCGACUUGUCGUCGAAGACCACCGAUGGAGCCGUUAAGAAGGAGAAGAAGAUGGGGUUGGAUAAGGACCCUGAUUCGCUAUGGAGGAGGUACGUUGACUGGCUAUACCAGCAUAAAGAGCUGGGGUUGUUCUUGGAUGUGAGUCGGGUUGGGUUUACGGAUGAGUUCGUGGAGGAAAUGGAGCCCCGGCUUCAGGCUGCGUUCAGAGCUAUGGAGGAAUUGGAAAAGGGUGCGAUUGCGAAUCCCGAUGAGGGUAGGAUGGUCGGGCAUUAUUGGCUUAGAAAUCCCAAGCUCGCACCAAACUCUUUCUUGAAGGUGCAGAUAGAGAACGCUUUGGAUGCUGUUUGCAAGUUCGCCGAUGAAGUCGUCAGCGGUAAGAUCAAGCCACCCUAUUCUCCAGAGGGGCGCUUUACCCAAAUACUUUCAGUUGGAAUUGGAGGUUCAGCUCUUGGACCACAGUUUGUUGCUGAGGCAUUGGCUCCUGAUAAUCCUCCUCUGAAGAUAAGAUUCAUUGACAAUACUGAUCCAGCAGGAAUUGAUCAUCAGAUUGCACAGCUUGGCCCUGAGCUGGCAUCUACACUUGUUAUAGUUAUCUCUAAGAGUGGAGGUACUCCUGAAACUAGGAAUGGUUUAUUGGAGGUACAGAAGGCCUUUCGUGAAGCUGGCCUGGACUUUGCAAAACAGGGUGUUGCCAUCACACAAGAGAAUUCAUUGCUAGAUAAUACUGCAAGAAUUGAGGGCUGGUUAGCUAGAUUUCCCAUGUUUGACUGGGUAGGUGGCAGAACAUCUGAAAUGUCUGCAGUUGGUCUGCUUCCAGCAGCACUUCAGGCCAUUGACAUUCGAGAAAUGCUUGCCGGUGCAUCAUUGAUGGAUGAGGCAAACAGAACCACUGUGGUAAGAAAUAAUCCAGCAGCAUUGCUUGCUUUAUGCUGGUACUGGGCUUCAGAUGGAGUAGGAUCCAAGGAUAUGGUCGUCCUACCUUACAAAGACAGCCUAUUACUAUUUAGUCGAUAUUUGCAGCAGUUAGUCAUGGAGUCACUUGGAAAGGAGUUUGACCUUGAUGGCAAUCGGGUGAAUCAAGGGCUCAGUGUCUAUGGUAACAAAGGGAGCACUGAUCAACAUGCCUACAUUCAGCAACUGAGAGAAGGUGUGCACAACUUUUUUGUGACUUUCAUUGAAGUGCUACGUGAUAGGCCCCCUGGUCAUGAUUGGGAGCUUGAGCCUGGUGUAACAUGUGGUGACUACCUUUUCGGAAUGCUACAGGGCACCAGGUCGGCUUUAUAUGCUAAUGAGCGGGAGUCAAUUACAGUUACCGUACAAGAAGUAACACCUAGAUCUGUGGGUGCUCUUAUAGCACUUUAUGAGCGAGCAGUUGGGAUAUAUGCCUCACUUGUUAACAUCAAUGCUUACCAUCAACCUGGUGUGGAAGCUGGGAAAAAAGCAGCUGGAGAAGUAUUAGCUCUUCAGAAGCGAGUUUUGGCAGUACUCAACGAGGCCAGCUGUAAAGAGCCUGUUGAACCAUUGACACUUGAUGAAGUAGCUGAUCGCUGCCAUGCUCCUGAAGAUAUCGAAAUGAUUUACAAGAUUAUUGCUCACAUGGCUGCCAAUGAUAGAGCACUUAUUGCUGAAGGAAGCUGUGGAUCACCACGUAGCAUUAAAGUUUUCCUCGGGGAAUGUAAUGUGGAUGAGUUGUAUGUUUAAUGUUUAUUUUCAUGUAUUGUUAUGCACGUAUCUGAAUUUACCCCAAAAAGAACCAAAAAAAAAAAAAAAAAAGUUGCAAUAAAUUUGGUCCACCUGUUAUAUUCAAUGUUAGUUUUGGGGAUUUUUUUUUUUUUAUUGAUAAUUUGGAAAUAAAAUUCCAUUCUGAGUCAAUAGUUUGAGCAUUAGUCAUGAAAGUUUCCAUGAUGAUACUGCAUAAAAAAAAGUUAAAAGUGUAUUGGAAGUUCUUUUAAAACAGUUAUUCACAUAAGAAGGAAUUUUGCCUA